AUGGCCGAAACACAAACAACACAAACUGGGAAUUGGUGGGACGCAUUCCCAGCGCCUCGAGCGAAAUGCACGGAGAUGACGGCGGAUGAGUUGAUGAAAGCCUUUGAUGAUAUGGAUCUUACGCCAGAGCCGAGAUCGUUUUUGCUUGUUGAUGUUAGGCGGAAUGAUUGGGAAGGCGGAACAAUCCAGUGUUCUCUCAACCUCCCAGCGCAGAGCUUUUACCAGUCUCGCAAAACCCUUCUUGAUCUUUGCGACAGAGCCUCCAUUAAGCAGGUCAUCUUCUACUGUGGAUCUUCGAGCGGUAGAGGACCCCGUUGUGCAAACUGGAUGCAAGACUACAUUGAAGAUGUCUCUAAAUUCGGACGGAAGAGUAACCUUAAAGUGCUUAUUCUGAAAGGUGGCAUCAAGGGAUGGGUCAAGGAAUUUGAGGGCUCAAUGAUGGACGCCUUCGAAGAGAAAUACUGGGAACAGUUCAAGUAG